AUGAAAUCGUCAGAAGUUUCUUUCUUCGGCCUCAGAGAUCAAGUAGCGAUUCAAUACCUUACCGUCGAUUAUACACGAGCGUAUUCAGCGCAGCCAUUGAACUUCACCUUGAAGUUCAAGAUGUGCUUUGGUUGCGGCGGUCUGCUCCCUGGAGACAAGAUCUGGGUCACGCUGCCUAACUUCUUCCGCAACUCCACGGGGACCAUCCAGCUUGGCACAGCAGAGUUCGCAGAAGCGGACUGGGUAGAGGCAGAGAGCACUCUUGUCCUCACAUGCACUCAAAUAACGGCCAAUGGUCGCGAUUACAGCGUGCUGAUCCCAGCGACAUCGGGCAUCAGUGCUCCCAAGGAAGGAGUUCGAAUCAACUCCUUCGGUACUUACUACACAAACGCGCAGAAUGGCGGGCCCUCGGUUCCUGUGAACACACCUCUGCUGCAGAUUGGUUCGUUCACGGACACCCUCAAGGUUGAUUUUACGGAGAGGGUUGCAGGAAGAAUGGUUGGGAUAGACGUCUCGUUCAUUGCCCAGAUGAAUAUGAUUGCGAAUGAUAUGAUCAGGUCGGCGGGAAUAGCGAUAGGUCAGGAUGGAAUAUUGUUGCAUGAUCCUAGGGUCUUGGUGGAAACGAAUGCCUCUCAAGGUCCAGUCUUUCCAACUGUCGCUGCUGCGCCUGCCAUCGGAUCCUUUGAGGAGUACAGGUUUCAGUUCGCUGGCCAAUCUCCAGAUGUUAUUCUUGCCGGGGAUAUCGUCUCUAUUUCCUUGAAAUUCAUACACAAUCGCGAUAUUCUUCCUGGAGAACACAUUGCUCUUCAUCUGCCAGGAUUCUCAAGACGAGUAGCUGACCAGAAUCAAAGCAUCACAACUCAGAACGAUCAGUUUGAUCAGGCCAAGUGGCAUCGAGAUUCUAACAUUCUCGUGUUCACUGCUAAGUACCUUGUUUUGGCAGGCUUGCGCAGUGACAUUUUUGUGAGCUCUCAAAACUCUUUUGCGCUCCCUACAACAGGCCUUCCAUCGGACUUCCAGGGAGUCCAGCUGACGACGGACGCUAUCUACGGCCCUGUUGUCUCAAGAUCUCUUGAUAUCUUGACGCCAGUCGGCGCUUUUUCCUACACCAGCAUGUCGUACGACAACCCGACAGCCGGGGAGCGAGUGGACAUUCAUUUUCAGUUCACUCCUCUCAUGAGCAUUCAGGAGGGAGAGCUGAUCGAGUUCUAUCUGCCGGGCUUCAAGGGCCCUGAGGGUAUCAUCCCCCAGUCCGAUGUGUUCGACAUGGGGAGCGUGAGCGAUCCGCGGUUCUAUGCUGCAUGGUCGGCGACCUACCCCGAUCAGCGCCUGGUGUUUGUGGUGAACUGCGGGAAAGUGCUGGAGGCAAAUCGAUCAGUUCAUGCCUUCAUCUCCUCCACCUCUGGCCUCACUCUGCCGGAGAAAGCCAUCUCAUUGAACCAGCAAACAUUUUUCAUCUCCUGUAACGCCAAGGCAGGGCCGGUGUAUUCUACCCCUCUUUGGUAUGUCGAGCCAGUCGGGGCUCUACUUGCUACUUCUACCUACGCCAGGUUGGCGUAUAUACCAGAGUCACCUUCAGCUGGUUCAAUAGUCCAGCUUGAGCUGGUCUUCAGCAAUGGGAUGAAGUUGGUUAAGGGAGAUGUGUUGUCAAUGCAGCUGCCGGAUUUCUUUGCUGAGUAUUCCCUCGAGAACAAUUUCGAGAGAAGGUCUAUGAUUCAGAUCGUUGUAAAUACUAUCAACUACGUUUAUUUGUCUGCAACCUGGGUUCAAGGCAGCCAUGAAUUCUCCAUCUCUUUCAACGAGGAUAUCAUUGAGGCUUCCAACAUUACCAUCGUCAUUCCAGAAUCUUUCGGGCUUCACGUGCCUGUCAAUGGCCUGAUGGCAAACCAGGCAACUUUGAGGCUUUUCGGAUCGUUUGAGGCGGGUCCGGUGGCCCCCCAGUCGAUCAAGAUUUCUCCCGCCGUUCCUCUCUUUGACUCCAUCGUUGCCUCCUUCGAUCCUCCUGCCAUCGAACGCGAUCUGUCCAUCAAUAUUUCGCUCCAUGACGUUGCGACUUCCCGACCCAGAAACUUGGUCGAGCAAUGGCGACUCAAGUUGUCUGGUCUGCGGAGGGCCUCGAGUAUCUCCGCCUUCACUGUCGUCGGUCAGAACAUCGAUGUCCUGGGGUCGAGCUGGAAUCCUCUUACCAGCGAAGUCCUUCUGACUGUCACCAUCAGCACGGCGAGCUCUUUCCGCUAUCUGUACAUCUCCUCUUCGCAACAGCUGUACGUUCCCUUCCCCGGCCUUGCAGCUAAUUCUUUCUCUCUCUCCCUCGAUCCAACUCACGGCUACCCCAUCCAACUUCCAAUCAACUCUCGCGCUAUCGGAUCGCUGCAGACUCAGCCGCAGAUCGUGUUCACGUCAACGGUGGUAGCUGGCAGCCCAGCCGCCUUUGAGAUCUCUUUCACGGCCAGCAUGUCGCUGGCGCCCAAGGAUCGCAUAGUCCUCAACCUCCCGGGCUUCUUCACUCCAGUAGGUAUCUUUGACCUGGACAUCUACCAAGUCACUGCGGGUCAGAACUCGUUGUCACUUACAGUGUCUGUCGGGAAAAAGAUCGAUCCGGGAGUGAAGCAGGUCGUUCAGUUUCAGUCUCAGCUGGGCAUUCUCUUCCCACCUGACGGUCUCUCAGCUCUCACUUCGCCCACCAUCGAGAUGAUAGCAGUCGCUGGGUACCUGAUCCCGACUGCUCUGGUCUCGACCGCGACGGACGGAUCCUUCGAGAGCACGAGAAUGUUCUUCAAUAAUUACAACUUGGUUGACUCGUCUGCUGACGUCAUCAUCACAUUUGUGCCGCAGAUGCCCAUGGCUGCGAAUGAGACGAUAUCUAUCAGGAUGCCCUCCUUCUCGCAGCCCCAACAGGCCUUCGCUGCUGUCUCCAACACUUCCCUUGCGAUGACGUGGCUUCAGAGCAGCAGGACGCUGCUACUGAAGUUGGAGCAAUCGCUUCAGAGAGGAGAGCUUGUCAAGGUCGAAGUCCCAGCUGGGACCGGGCUGACUUUGCCGACCGAAGGAGUCGAGAAGAACUGGGAUGGAAUUCAGAUCUCAGCUCAACUGGCCACCUCGAUGGUGGACUGGCAGCCUUUCAAGUUCGUCCAGGCUGUCGGGAAAUUCCGCAACUUCACCCUCGACUUUCAUCCCAGGACCCCUCUGGCGGCCUGCAAGCUGGACUUGCAGCUGGAGAGCAGCAUCAACAUCUCAAUUGGUGACAAGGUCUCAGUGUUCCUGCCCAACUUCACUUCCUCCUCCUCGUUGACCUUGUCGGAGAUGGGAACCGCUGCUGUGCAGGGAAUCAUGACGGAGGGGAUGAAUGGGACGUGGGAUGAGGUGAGGGGAGUGCUGGAGCUGGUGUGCGAGCGAGCCGCAGGAUGCGGGAGGAGCGUUUCAGAAAGUCUCGAUGGGAUCCUGAAGCUGCCAGGAGGAGGUCUGGAGGAGGCGGACAAGCGGCUGGAGGCGAUGAUGAGAAGCUCUGAAGGAUUGGUUGCGAUCGAGAGGGAGAGUGUGAUAUGGAGCCCUGCAGUACCUGCGCAGAGCUCGCAGAUGAGGGAGAAGGGGGCAACGUGGGUGGAGGAGAGGUCAAAGGGAAUCCUGUUCAACUCAGAUGAGAUUCAGAUGGCAGGGACAGCUGGGAAGCGGAGGCUCCUGGAGGUGGGAGGGGGGCAAGGAUUCACUAGCACGAGAUUGGACGCAUACUCGUUGUCAGGGAUGGUGGAGGUGCAGUUUGCAUGCUUGUCAAACUUGUCGACGGGGGAGGAAAUCUCUGUUAGCAUGCCCAAUCUCUUCGUAGGUACGUCCUCUGCACUACAGGACUCCUCGCCUCUGCUCAGCGUGAAGUCUUUCAACGUGUCUUUGGGAAGAGUCGUGCUCCGUAUCGACCAAGACAUUCUAGCGUCGACGCUUGUACAUUUCAAGAUCACUGGUCUUGUUCUGAGCAAGGUAAACCAGAACUAUUCUCCGUCAAUCUCUUCUGCACCCCGUUUCCAAGAUCAACCCUUUCAAAACGUUCGAUUUUUCUGCUCCUUCUCCCAGUCCUACCCGCUAGUGUUCGCAUCCCUUGUGCAUUACAACGCGCGGGCGGGCGAGCCCGUGGAGCUGAGGUUCAGAGUCACCUUCUCAGACUCACAGAAGCACAUUCUACGCAUCCACCUCCCGGAGAUCUCCUUGCAGCAGGCGACUCAGAACGUGACUGAGUUCUUCUUAGCCGGAGUCUACUGGACGAGAAUCAGGUGGACUGAGCCGUCCAAGGUGCUCGAGGUCUUUCCUUACGGUGUUGGAAGCUUCCAGCCGGAGUUCGCGAUCUCGACGUCUUACGGUUUUGUGCUGUCCCGCUAUGGCUUCAGGUCCAUCGAUCGAGGCAUCUUCAUCCUCUUGGACGACUGCUACCGUCACGUCUUUGACGAGCUCCCGCCCGUUGGCUCCUUCAACAACGAGACUCAGGUCUCGUUCGUCGACGGAGUCCCCGGCCAGCCCUCCAGGAUCAUUUUCAAUUUCUCAAUCGCCAUGUCUAUUCAAUUCGAGGAGACCAUUUUCGUCCAUAUUCCGAAGUUUCUCGGCAAGAGCUCCAAGGUCGCUUACUUCAACCUGUCUUGCUCCCUGGACAACUCAAAAUCGCUCGUCCCCUCGUCAGUCCUUUGGGACCCUCCGUUUCUCAACUUCACGGUCUUGUCAGACAUACCACCCUCCAGCAGAUGCCUUGCUGUAGUGGAGCAGGAGGUGAAUGUGGUAAUUCCUCCAGGAGGUGUCUACAUCGUUGACUUCAUCACCGUCGCUACCAACGCUCAGGAUGGUCCAGUCCUGCCCACAAGGGUGUACAACGUGCUGGGAGUGGGAAGGAUCGAACCUGUCUAUCUGCGCUACGAGUCCACGUCAUCUCCUGAGACUGGCCUUCAGAUCCUCUUCUCCUACUCCCUCCCUCUAAAGAGCGGCGAUGCCCUCGUCCUCAGCCUGCCAGGUUUCCUCGGGGAGAUAACGCACAACGUGUGGGUCCCUGGGUUUGGCCUCGCUAGCUGGAACCCCCUGCUCGGUCAGCUGAGGCUCGUGCUACUGAACACUGCCUUUGACGCAAACACCAGCGUCGCAAUCUUCGUCGACUCCGACGCAGGCAUCAGGCUUCCGUUGGAAGGUGUGAGCAGGAACCAGCCCUCCCUCAAGAUCGGAGUUCAGUCUCCUGUGGCCUACGCUGUCCAGGUUGCGUUCCCGGAGUCCGAUGGUGUUGGCUCUUUCCUCAACAGCCCCAAGUUGUCUUAUGGCAACCCAACGGCAGGAGAGGUUUCUUCUCUCAUCCUCGAGUUCAGGCCUGAGAUGAGAAUCCUUGUUGACGAGCACGUCGGACUGAUCCUCCCCGGCUUCACGGGGGGACGGGACACAUUCAAUGUCUCCUCGACUCCUGAGGGCUGGUUCAAGGUGGGCAGGUGGUACGUCAACGAGUCAAGGCUGCUCAUGACGGCAGCGGUCGUCAUCCCUGGGCCUAACGAGACCAUUCAGAUAGUCAUCCCGGAGGCAGCUGAAAUCAGACUUCGCCUGAAAGGUUUGGGUGCCAACCAGCAGGACCUUAAGAUCCUUACCAAUGCCAUCGACGGUCCCAUCAAGGGCGCGAUCAUCCCUACCUCGCAGGCCGUCGGCUCCUUCUACGAGCCUGUGAAGAAGCUCCCCUUCCUCCACGUCACCUACACUGCGCUCGAGUCCCCAGCGACCAUCCAGUUCUCCUUCGAGCCGCAGAUGACGAUCAGGGCAGGGGAGAUCAUCAACCUGACCCUGACAGGCUUCACUGCCAACGGCAACAUCUACAAGUUUGACCCUAUCAACGACAACGCCAACCUCUACGCCAACUGGUUCAACAAGGAUGCUGUCCUCCAGCUUGUCUUCAUCCAGGACAUCCCAGAGCUCUCAGCUCAGUCUCUUACUGUCCCAUCCUCUUUCGGUAUCCGCCUGCCCCCCUACGGCAUUAGCACCAACGAUCCUCGCAUGCGCAUCUCCUGUAAUGCCAUCUACGGCCCGGUUCCUCCGAUCCCCAUCGCAUACAGCAAUCCCAUCGGAGUCUUCACUUACAAGUCCAUCUCGUUUGACCCGCCGGUUGCAGGGUCGCUUGUCACACUCUCCGUCGGGUUCAGGUUGAAUCAGGAGAUCGCCACGAACGAGUCGGUCAAGAUGACGUGGACGUACAAUCGCAAUGUCAUCUCCGAGUGCAGCCAGGCGUUCCCCAGCCACCCAGACGUCACGGUUGCAACAGCUGGGAACGGCUCCCUUUACUUCCCCACAGCGCUGAUCAAGUGGUCCGAAACCCAGGUCGUGAUCGAGGUCUUGGCAGCUCAGGUAGUCCAGCAGGACAUGGUUAUCUCUUUCAGCAUCCCCUCCAGCUCGGGCAUCCGCCUGCCAAAGUGUGGCUUCAAUGACCACUAUGACAAGUUUCUGAUCGAGACAAACGCAAAGGCCGGGCCAGCGAACCCCAGCAGCAUGCAAGUCCUCAACGUGGGAUCUUUCCACCACUCCGUCAUCAGGUUUGACCCCCCGCAGAUCGGACAGCUCGCAAGCAUCGACCUCGCUUUCUUCUCUUCCAUGGCCCUCAGCAAGGACUCUUCUCUCUCUCUCACCCUCCCUGGGUUUCAGCUGGACAAAGCAGACCAGGGCACUGCGGUCACCAUCACCGCGACCUCCUCUUGCUGCGAUGGAGCCUGUCAGAUGGUCGGGCAAUGGCGGCCCCUCCUGUUCGAACUUCAGAUCCUCUUCUCGUCCAACCCGAUCGUCUUUUCUGUCGAUCAGUUGUGCAACUAUCACAUCCAGAUCUCCCGUUCAGAGCUGUUCCGGGUAUCUCUGGAGGGUUUGUCGGAGAACAGCAGCAAUGUCACCCUUGGCACAAACUCGAGCUACGGAAAGGUGGUUCCCCUGCCUAUCGACAAGUCCCCAGGGAUCUACAAGACGGGAGGGAUCGUCGAGUCUAAUCUCUCCUUCUUUCUCUUCGGCAGCUCGCAACUGCCGUCGUCCAACAACCCUUGUGGGAUCCAACUGUCUGUCAGGAUGAAGAUGCUUCUCGUGCCAGGAGACAUCAUGACUCUGAGACUCCCGGACUUCAAGAACACGACUGGCUUCCAGCCUCAGCGAACUUGCUCGACGUCCAAGGUGAGGAGCCUGUACUGGUUGGAGGCUGAAAGUUCCCUUGUCCUCCAAGUCAUCUCCGAGAUCGAGGCUCGGGAGCUUUUCAUCUACUCCUCCUGCGUGGAGGAGCAGCUCAUUCUACCUGAGCAGGGCGUCAGACCCAACUCUGUCAACAUCACCCUGUCCUCAAACGCCUCUGCCGGCCCCUUCCCUCCUCUUUCGCUGCAGCAGGUGACGCCUAUCGGAGCCUUGCUCAACAGCUCCAUCUCGUUCUCUCCUCCCUAUGCUGCGCCAGUCAGUCGGUAUGCGAGCUCGCCGUGCUGCAACGACUACACGGCCUCGUGCUGCACCAACUAUCAAGAGGCUUGCAACUUCCGCGUCAACGUCACUGUCAAGUUCAUCAAGUACAUGUCUAUCACUCCAGCUGACAAGCUGCUCGUCCAACUUUGCGGGUUCCAACGAGUUGUCAACUGCCCAGCACCGCCGACGAACGAGACGAGCAUGUUUGACCUGUCUUGGGAUGCCGUUCAGAGCCAGCUGACCUUAAUCCCCAAGUAUACGCUCUACUCUACCUUCAUGGACUUCGUCGUUCCAAGCUCGUUCGGUCUCGUCCUCCCUCUAGAUGGUUUGUACGGACGGGAGUGCCUCCGGAUCGGAACGGAUGCUGCCGACGGGCCUGUACCCUUAACUAGCUUCCCGUACAAGCAGCGGGUAGGGGCCUUCUGGAACAUGUCAAUCUCCUUUAUCACUUCCUCGCCCUUGGCCACCAUCGGUCUGACCAUCCGCAUGCGGAACAAGAUGCCGUUGGUUGCUAAGGACGUGAUUGUCCUGUACCUGCCCACCUUUAGUGGCCCCAACAUUUCCUGUGCUUCAGCGGUGGGCGAAAACGGGACGUUGAUCAGCUCCGCGUGGUUCCGAGAGAACAGCUCCGUUGCCUUCGAGCUCGUCGACAGCUUUCCUGUUGACUCCACCAUUACCAUCUUUCUGCCCUCUACAGCGAUGAUCGGCAUACCGAAGGAUGGACUGAGCGCAAGCUCCAGCAUUUUUCUGUCGACGGACGCCUUCUUCGGGCCAGUCUUGAAGACGAAGAUACAUUACGUGCCGGUGAUCGGGUGGCAGGGGAUCUUUAACCAUGUCUCGUUGCGCUUCGGAGAUCAGCCGAGCACGCACUAUCCUGUUCCCCUCCUCCUCUCUUUCUCCUACAACGCAAGUCUGCACUACGGCGACGAGAUUGUGUUGGGGCUGACUCGGUUUUCCUUUCCUCAGAGUCUUGUCGACACCAGCACCUUCACCACCGAGUGGUCUGUGCGCUCGGACUGCUCAAAAGGCUGCGGAUGGCAGACAGUGAUGUACCCGAUCGUCGGGUCGGCACUGUGGGAUGCUGCCAACCAGACGCUGACGUUGAAGCUCGUGGGCGACAUAGAGGCAGGAACCGAGAUGAGCAUUCUGAUCCCUUCGACCGCCGGGAUGAACCUACCGCAGACUGGGGUCGGGAGGCAGCACAACAUCAGCAUCGCCUGCAAGGCGCAGGCAGGUAGCACCAGGUCCCCCUUCAGGGUCGUCGACUUCUACCCCGUCGGCGGCAUCGACAACCCCAACAUCACUUUCGAUCCGUUGCAGGCAGACGUUUACAGCAGAGUGCUGGUCUCUCUUGACAUCCUGAUGGAGCUUAACGUGUACCCUGAUUCAACCUUCGUUGACAAGCUCCUCGUCACUUUGACUGGCUUCCAAGGAGACGACCGUUGCGAGUCAUUCAACGCGACUGCCGUCUUCCCCUUCAGCGAGGCGUGCUGGAACCUGACGACCCACACCCUCAGCCUGUCUGUCGGCAGUUUCAUCCCUAAGAGGACUUCGCUUCAAUUCGCUCUCGGCUCUAAUUUCGUCAAGUUGCCGGUGGACGGCCUUAUCGAGAACUAUCAGGCCCUCAAGAUCUCAGUAUCAGCCCUUGAUGGCAACGUCCUUCCCACAGCCUUCGAGCGGUCUCCCGCGGUCGGAGUCUUCAACAACCCCGUCCUCCGCUUCUCUCCGGCGUACGCUGGGCGAUUCACGACUCUCACCAUGUCCUUCGUCGCAGGGAUGGGCAUGCUCUACGGGGAGACCGUGACCCUCCACCUUCCAGGAUUUUCAGCGAAGCCAUCGUCAACGACUAUCUCGACGCUGAGUCAGAGGUUCGCCUUCGUGAGCUGGCAGGCAGAGACAAGCUCUCUUGUGUUCACUGUUGAGUAUCCUUUCAGCAAGGGGGAGCAGAUACGAGAAAUCCUUUCCAGCGCUGACCUGACACUGCCGAUCGACGGAGUCUACGCAGACAGCAAACUGAUUCGGAUCUCUUCAAACGCGCGUUCAGGGCCUGUGAUCCCGACCCCCUUCGUCGAGGGAAACUUCGAUCCAGUGGGCUACUUUAAGUUCUCUCGCCUCCAUGUCGCUCCUCCAUCAACCUCUCUCAGCGUGUCCCUGACUAUCUCCUUCAUCUCUAUCGUUGACCUUCAGCCCAACGCUGUCGUCCAGCUCGACCUUCCCGGUUUCACGGUCUCAGGCGCUGUCUCCCAUCACAACGAGACUGGUCCGACAGUCACUUCAAUCCAAUGGAACUCUCAGAUCAGCAGGUUGUCCAUCGUGCUGGGGCAGGUUGUCUACCACGACGCCUUGACAUCCAUCAAGUUCUCAGCUGCUCAGCUGAUCAAGAUCCCAGCUGGGGGCCUGGCGGCCAACGAGCCCUCCCUCAAGAUCUCAUGCGUUCAGAGCGUCGGGGCCAUCCUUCCCACUUCCAUCAUGUACUCCCCGGGUAUCGGCAGCAACGGGAAGGCCGUGGACGUGCAACUAUUCUUUGACCAAAAGGGUCCCAUCGCCGGGAUGAUUUCCCCGAUGAAGAUUCAGUUCGUCGCCAACGUGUCUCUCUUCCCCUCUGACACCAUUCUUCUCACUCUCCCUGGCUUCUCUUCGGCCUCCGUCAACGUCUCCGUCCUCGUCGUCACUGAUUGGUACGGCGGGCAGUCCCAGGAAACCGUUGCUAGCUGGAUGUCAGCACAGUCCAAGCUGGAGCUGAACGUCCCUCUGGAGCUCCCAGCGUCCUCCUUGGUCACUCUCUCGCUCCUUCAGGGGCUCAUCCUGCCCCAGGACGGACUCCCAAAGGACAAGAUUGGGCUGAAACUGCAAGCCUCCGCCGUGGCUGGAGACAUCCCAGUCACUGACAUAGGAAGGUGGCCGGCGAUCGGCUCGGUCGUCUCCAGCCUGUCGUUCGAUCCUCCUCGCGCCGGAGUGUCCUCCUCGAUCAUUUUCCACUUCACCCCGUCGAUGACCAUCUACAAGGACGAGACUUUGAGUUUGAAGCUCCCGGGCUUCAGGAGGAGCUCGCAGGCGCAGCUGGACAUCAGCCCGCCUUCGGUCUUCGUCAACGGCAGCUGGUCGGAGAGGGACAUGGAAGUCAGGUGGAGAGCAGCCGAGGACAUCGCGAUGUACUCAGCCCUGACCUUGACGAUCGGAGUUGAUCAAGGGAUCAUCACACCUGUCGAUGGCAUCAUGACCAACGACUCAGCCUUCACUGUCUCCAUCAACGCCAGUGAAGGGCAGGUCUUCUCGGCUCCAGUGUCAGGUGUGCAGGGGAUUGGAUCCUUGGAGCAGGUGUCUGCCUUCUUCUUCCCCAAGGACCGGAGCAUGUACCUCGAGAUCAGCUUCGCCAUCAAGUCAAGGAAAGUGAUAUUCAAAGACGAUAGUCUCAUCCUCCUUCUGCCGUUCCUGGGCCGAGCGAGCGGCAACCAGCAGAUCUCUCUGGCAGGAGAGGACUCAGCUUCCUUCCAAGCGCUCUGGGGAACCAGUUCGUGCGGCAACGGCAGUCAGGCGGAUCAGAGUUGUCCUUGCAAGUAUGAGGAGGUCAAAGGCUUCGAUCAAAAGUUUCUCACUCUCUCAUCUCUUGGCAACCUCCCACUCGGACGGGAAGUGAAGUUGACAAUCACUGCAGACUCAGCACUCAUGGUUGAUCAAGUGUCAAUGGUUUGGGCGACCUCCAACAAUUUCUUGGUGGGCUGCUCCAGGUAUGGAGAUCUAGAACCGAUUAACAACCUCAACUUGACUGGAAUCCUAUCGACGUCGCUCAACUUCGGCGACAAGGUUUCUCUCUCUCCAGUAAACUUCUCGAUCUCCUUCGAGAGCGAUAUCUCCUUUGACGUCAACGACACGCUCAGACUCCAUCUCCCUGACUUUUACAGCGAGGGCUCCUGUCAAGACCCUCGGACGUUGACGAUCUCGAUCUCAGGGCAGAGCAUGAAGCAUGCCUUGUCUGCUUGUUGGGCCAACUCGACUUCUGAGCUCCUGAUGACCUUCGAGUCUCACGUUCGUCUUCUCGGCAACUCUUCGGUCUUCAUCUCGUCAAGUGUGGGGAUGGUCAUUCCCCAGGCAGGCAUCCGAAGGCUGAGUUGUUACACACUGCAAGCCUUCACCUCCCGUUAUGGCAACUUCUCCUCUUGCAUCACUCACGUUGUCCCGAUCGGCAACUUCCUCCGGAGCGAGGUCGGGUUCUAUGGCUCUGUCUCGUCCUCGUCGUUGCUGUCGGGCAUCAACAGUAUCGGAGUUGUCGUACAGCCAACGAUGACAAUCCUCAGAGGUGAAUCGAUCACAAUCACCUUCUACGACUUCAAGAACGUCUCGGAGCGGGCCGACGGAGUCUUGCCCUCGAACGGGACUGACUGGACGGUGAUAUGGGACGAGAACAGGGGCAAGAUGAGGCUGGUGGCAAACGAAACCAUCUCGGCUUUCUCUGUCGUCGUGCUGACUAUCAACGUGUCUGUCCUGAUCAAAGUGCCGAUAGAGGGCGUGAGGGACGGGGACACUCGUUUCAACAUCAACUCUGACGCACAGGACGGGCCUGUCCUGUCGGCCCCUCUGACCAAGAUCCAGGCCAUCGGGUCUUUCUACAACGCGGAUCCCAACAAGAAUGUCAACAUCGUCUUCACCCCACCUGUUGCCUACAACUCUCGUUCACAGGUCAAGACCUCAUUGCAAGCUUCCUUCACCCCGACCAUGAAGAUCGCCCCCGGCGAACUUGUUGAGCUCUUCCUGCCAGGGUUCCAGGCCACCCCGUCCCAGUUCACCGUCACCUCCACGAACCUGCGCUUCAUCCAAGCUUCAUGGCAAGGGAGCCUCUCGAUCCUCAGCUUGACAGCGCAGAGCUCAGUCGUGAUAGGGGAAUCCGUCGUCGUUACUGUCCCUCAGUCCGUCGGCUUCAAGAUCCCAGAGGAAGGGAUCGCUAGAGGAAAAAUCUACAUCAAGUGCAACGCUCUCGAUGGACCUGUUCCCUUCUCUCCCGUCCAGUACACUCCCAUCGGCUCCUUCGCCGGCACUUCGUGGCUGGACUACGGAAACAAGAGGGCUGGAGAGCUUUCCGACCUCUUCUUCCGCUUCCGGGCUUCCAUGAAGAUCUUCCAGGACGACUUUGUGCGACUUUCCCUCCCGUCCUUCACCCUUCUCCCUGGUCAGAUUUCUGUCGUAGACCCCCAGCACUACAUCACUCGAGCGUCGUGGUCGACGAGACUUCAGAUCCUUGAGUUCACAGUCGUGCAGGAGAUCCCAGCCAACGUCUCGAUCUCGCUCUCAGUGUAUCACUCCGAAUCGGGCCUCGUGCUCCCGGUCUACGGGACGAACCUCAACAACGGAGACAUCAAGAUCUCCUGCACCAGCUCGGACGGCCCGAUCCUCCCGACCCCAGUCUGGCAGUCUCCCGCUGUGGGGACUUUCCUGUCCUCGACGACCUUCCAGGUGAUCCCAGGGCAAGUGGGAGUGGCUAACGGGGACCAUGUGGUCUUAAAUCUGCCUCUGUUUGAGAGGUCUGAGGUAUACCAGGACCAGAUCCAUUCUUCGGAGAUCGUAACCGUCCCCGAAGGCUUCGCGUCGGGGGCGAGUUGGGACUUAGCAACCAACAACAUGGUGCUGACCCUGGCAAAGGACGUCUUCCAGUCAAACCUCAAGGUGGAGAUCAAGAACUUCAAGCUCCCUGCUCGGGGCUUGCUGACUCACACCUCCUCCUGCGGGAGCUUGAUAGACCGCAGUGUCUUGGACACCUAUCUCCCCAACAUCAGCACUGACGCCGUCCUUGGACCGGUCCUGCCCAUCAGAAUCAAGCAGAUCAGCCCAGCUGGUGCCUUUACAACCUUCGGACUUACGUUUGCGCCCCUCCGUGCUGGGCAUUCAGUCGAGAUCACCAUAGUAUUGACCCCAACCAUGCCGAUCGAGUCGGGGUCGUUGUUCCAUAUCUACCUUGGUGGGUUCAACGGAGGAGCCACGAGCGGAAAUCUCGUAUCCACUUCCAACGUCCCUUUCUCCUUCAUCUGGGACCCCUCGUCCGAAAUGCUGGAUUUGACUGCCAAUCAGUGCAUCAACCAGAACGUCGAAGUUACCCUCGUCGUGCCCGAGUCGAUCGGAAUCACUCUCCCUCAGCUGGGAAUCACUCUGUCCGCGGGUAAGAUGAACGUUUCUUGCUCUGCUCCAGCAGCUCCUAUCCCACCCACCCCCAUCACGGACUACACUCCUGUUGGGUUCUUCUAUGAAACUUCCCUCCGCUUUGACCCCCCGCAAAUCGGCUCCUCCCCCUCUAUAACCGUCUCCUUUGUUCCGACCAUGAACCUGCAGCCCAACGACAACAUUGUUCUCCGUAUUCCUGGGCUUGAUGGAAAUGACGGGGCGAGCAUCAACGUACAGGUCCUCGAAGGCCCAGCUGGAGGGAUCAAUGAGGCUAGCUGGAGUCAGACGAGCCCCGACUAUUCCUUCGUCCUCCCCGUCCAGACGAAUAUCCCGGCAUUCACCAAACUGACCCUGCGCAUCGCGCAAUCGUCGGUCACAAUCUCGAGCAGGGGGAACGGGCUCAACGACCAGGCCAACACCCUGGCGUCUUCAGCGACGGAUGGAGAAGUUCCGAUCAGCCAAGCAAUUCCAAUAGAGAAGUCAGAGGAAGUGAAGCAGUACGGCUCGGUCAACGUCUCUUCCAUCCGGUUCUCCAAGGAGCCCAGGGCAGGCAUGCCGACGGAGUUGUCAGUCGUGAUGGCCUUUGACGUGUUGACCUAUGUGGACGACAGUCUCUUGAUCAAACUCCCAGACUUUAGGCUCAGCAACAGGUCAGACCUGCAGGCUCUGACGCUCGAGGACAGCGAGCGCUCGAUCACGGUCAGCGAGUCAACGGAGGGAGUGGAGAUCACGUUUGUGAACAAAGUCUACCGGGACCCUUACUUCAGCUUCUCCUUCGUAAUCCCCGAUGCAGCAGGUAUCUUGCUGCCGGAGAAGGGGGUGAACGAGGCAUCUUUCAUCUCCCUCCAGGGGAAUCUGUCCGCCGGUGAGAUACAGCAAGUCCUCUUCCGUGACAUCCAGUACAUCGGUUACUUCAAGAAUAACACUGCCCUUAGCUAUAUCGAGCCCAUGGCCCCCAACAGCAUCUCUCAGGUCCCCGGCAACGUUCAGGUGCGACUGGAGCUGACGUCAAGACUGAUCCCCGGCGACAAGAUCAGCAUCAUCCUCCCUGGAUUCUCGGUGCUCGAGAGCCCAUUCCCCGUCAUCGUGUCCUCCUCCGAGACCCAAGCUGUGGGAAGCUGGAACAAGACGGAGGAGAUGUUGACCUUCGAGUUCUUCGCCGAUGUUCCUGGGAACACCAUCUUCACCUUGACGACGAACGCCAGCAUCAUCAUGCCGCACAAUGGCGUCACGGCCGGCAGCCGAAACUUCACAAUCUUCUCGUCUGCAAAGUACGGGCCCGUUCCGAGGAUCCCCCCGACCUUCGUGACCGAGUACCAGCUGUUGGGAUCGUUCAUGGACACUACUGUCCUUCGCUUCUAUCCAGCCAAGGCUGCGGAUGUCUCUUCUCUGUUCUUCAGCUUCCAGGCUGUGAUGCCCCUUGCGCCGGGAGAGCUCAUCGUUCUCAAGCUCCCCAAGUUCUAUGGCGCCAGCGUCAACGGCUCGGUGACGGCGACCAACGGGUCCAUCACGUCUGCCAGCUGGGAGAACAGCACGAUGCAGCUAAUCUUUACAGUGGACUCGGAGAUCUCAGCCUUCUUCAAAGUAGAUGUCAACAUCUCUAGUUCGUUCGGGAUCAUCGUCCCUGACGACGGCAUUCGGCUCAACCAACCCAACCUUGGCAUCAGCACCAACGCUGCCAGCGGCCCGGUGAGUAAGCAUCCUCUCACUCCUUUCGUUAGUAGCCAGUCGAUCGGAUCGUUCUUGGACUCGUUCGUCCUCAGUUUCAACCCUCCCAUGGCAGGCGCUCCCGUUCAGAUCUCUAUCUCAUUCGUCCCGGAGAUGAUGCUGGUGGUCAAGGACACUAUCACCGUCUACCUCCCUCUCUUCCUUGGCGUCUCCGGACCUCUCUGCGUCGGAAUCUCCAGUAGCGACCCAGCUAGGUUCGAGAGGGCUUCUUGGAACCAGGCCCUGGAAUCGUUAACCUUGACAGUCUCACGAGAAAUUUCCAUCCACGAGAACAUCUCAGUGAUAGUCCCUUCCUCCUCCGGUCUCAUGCUCCCGAGCACGGGGCUCCUUGGAGGCAUCGACAUCCGCCAACCACGAGUGGCAGCCAUCGCUGUGGACGGCUCCAUCCCCAUCCAGCCCAUCACGUACAUACAACACUUCCCGAGGAUCGGAGCCUUUGAGUACAGCCACCUGGCCUUCGAUCCGGAGAGAUGCUCCAACAACAACAUCAGCGCACUUGAGCUUUCGUUUGUGGUCACGAUGAGAAUUGACGAGGGCGAGCACGUUAGGUUGAAGCUCCCGCUAAGGGGCACCUUCCUUGAGUCCUGCAGUUCUUGCUGCAUUGAGAACUUCACCUCCUUCAGCCAUGGCCGCGUUGACCUCGGCGAUUGCACCCAACCCUCUGACCCUGGCGCGAAUGGGACAGGUGGGAAUCAGAGUAUCGUCCUACCAAUCUUCUUUGUGUUCAAUCAGUCUGUCGGCGCUCGAGAGAAAAUCACGGUCCGAGUACCUCUCCCAGCUGGAGUAUACCUGAUGAGGGACGAGCUGGACGAGACGUCCUUCCAGCUCUCCUGCAACGCGAAGCAAGGGCUGAUCUUGGACUCUUUCCCUCUCGUUGUCAGCGGGCUGGCCCCCUUGCAGUACCCAGUCUCUGUUCGACUGAACGACAGCAGGGUCGGGUAUGACGCCGAGGUCGAGAUCGUGAUGAGAUUUGACGUCGACUUGGAGCCUCGCUCCUCCGUACAGCUCGAACUGCACGGUCUCCAGCGCUCCGACUGCAACGAUACAUGUCAAGUACCGCUGGCUGGUCUGUCUGCCGGCCUCUUCUCUGUCGACAGAGUCUGUGACGUCACCACAAGACGUACUCUCCUCGGCUGCGGCUGGGGCAUCGAAGACAUUGCAGACUUGCAGAUUGCAGAUUGCGCCUCUUUCCUCUGCCCCAGCUACUGCCCUGCUCCGGCUCUGUCGCCGACAUGCCCGUCAGAAAGCGCCUACUUCAGUCUGGACAACCCCCAACAGAAGGUAUCGUUAUGUCAGGCUGGUAUCGGCAUGAGCAGGUGCUUGAAAGACGGGUUUGCCUUGAACGCCCAGAGAUUGGACCCAUCGGCCUCUUGCCCGGAUCAGAUUGGGGGGGCGACGGCACAGAGCCUAUCGAUGUACAACUCCUCCUCCUUCCUGUUCGAGCCCUACACUUCGACCGUACACGAGGCCCUCUGGUUCCCCUCCAACGAGACCCUCUUGUUGACGGUUGGGAGGAAGAGCAUUCCGCGCGGGACCCUCCUGAAGUUGUACUUGUCAAAUUUCAACACGAGGAUCGUCGGUCGUUCGAACUUCUCGACCACAACCUCUCUUGUCUACACGUCUCAAGUGCAGUGCAAGGACUGCCGGCCGUUCCGGCAUGCCGCCAGUGGCCCUUACGUCAAUAACGUUACCAACUCGUCCAUCACUUUCAACCCCAUCAAUGCAGGAGAAGCCGCAGCAAUCAUCAUCGCCUUCGUCCCUGCGUUUGACAUCGUUGCGCAGGAGUACUUCUUGAUCCACUUGCCAGGUUUCACUGGCGAAGCUAUCUCUCAGAUCGCAGGCUUGCAAGGGUCCUCGAAAGACCUAGUCAACAUUCAGUGGCUUCCAGUCCUCCAACGGUUCAAUGUCACUGUGAGGUGUGGCCAAGUCGUCAAGAAGGAUCAACUCUUCCACGUCGAAGUCCCUUCCUCUGCUGCCCUCCUGCUCCCCUUCCCCGGGAUCAGGACCAGGAACGUGCAUGAGUUUACUGUUACCUUCUAUACCUCCUCGAUCAAGCCCUUCCCCUUCUACUUCGAUUUCGUCUCUACCAUCGGAAGGUUCGCCUACUCCUCCCUGCACUUUUCCUCUCCGGUCGCCAACCAGUCUGUCGACGUCAUCUUCUCCUUCACUCCCGGCAUGGAUAUCGGCUCCGGCGAGUCUGUCGUCUUCUCGCUGCCGGAGUUUGCAUGGGAGGGAGAUGAAGUCCAAACGGUGAGCGAGGGUUGCGAGGUGAACUUCUCCUCCUGGGAUCCUUCAGUCAACGAAAUCUCUUUCCUCGUGUUCUCCAAGAUCCCUUCCUUUCAAGGAUGCUCCAUCAAGCUCGACCGCUCGUCCAAAUUUCGGUUGCCGACCUACGGGGUCCCUUUCAACGUCUUCGACUUCAGGGUCUCAACCAACUCCCGCGACGGGGCGGUGAGGAACGCGCGCGUAGACUUCGUACAGCCCGUCGGAGCUGUGAUGGAGAGUCUGAUCUACUUCGAGCCUCCGAUAGCAGGGGAGAAUGUCAACAUAUCAAUGCAACUCAAGUUCAGCAUGCCCUUGUUCCCCGGCGAGACAUUCACUGUGCUCUUGCCUAGCUUUCAGGGCUCCUCGCUGUCCCCUCUCUCCCUCCAUGUGGAGCCAGCUGCCAAGAUCUCUACAUCUUCUUGGAACUUGACCACGUCCACUCUUACCUUCACAGUCGCUGACUCCUGUGCCGGGCCCACCAUCCUUGCAGGUACCCGGAUUUUCAUCAAGGUCCUCAACGCUUCUGGACUGUACCUACCGGAGUCCGGCGUCAGACGCCAGCAGCACGGAAUCCUGAUCACGGUCAACGCGGCCCAGGGCCCGGUGUCGAGUGUCAGUCCCGCGCUAGUCAGGCCCGUUGGAUCUUUCUUUGCCCGGUUGCGAUUGGAGGAGAGGUCGCCUGAGCUCAGGUUUACCCCGACCCUACCAACGACGAUGACUCUGUUCCUCCAAGUGCCCAUGGAGCUGAACAAUGGCGAAACGAUCCGUCUCGACCUCCCCAAUUUCUACUCCUCGUCCUCCGAACAGAGGAUCAUCCGAGUCGGCAGUCUCCCUCCAGAGGUGGUGACAUCGGCGAUGUGGGAUCCCGUCGGGCAGAAGUUGGAGUUUCUGAUAGGAGCCAACCUCUCUGCGCACUCGAGCUUGACCCUUGAAGUCCUCGCCAACCAGGGUCUCAUACCGCCCAAGGUGGGGCUCGAGUGGAACCAGUCGGGUUUCUUCAUCUCCUGCAAUGCUACUGACGGCCCGGUGCUCCCGAUCCAAGUCCCUCGCUCCAAUCCUGUCGGGAUGAUCUACGGGUCGACGAGUUUGGACAGCGCCCCUUACGUCACCUUCGAGCCUCGGUACGCAGGAGCUGUCGCCAACCUGUUUCUUCGCUUCGUCCCUACCAUGAAGAUCUUGGAGGGAGAACUUAUCAUCUUACAGCUCGAUUCCUUCGGAGGGGACAGCAAUACGAACAUUACCCUACAGUUCUCUCCUCACCUUCAGAACGCUACCUGGAACUUGCAAACUAAGACUCUGGUAAUGAUCGUCUCACAGCGGAUCGACCCGCUCGAAGUUAUCGAGGUUGUUGUUGGUACUGACGCUGGGAUCAGUUUACCAGUGAACGGAAUCAGGAAACAGCAGAAUUUCACCAUCGCCAGCAACGCAUUCUACGGCCCUCGGACCCCUGUCCCCAUCCACGUCGACACUAUCGGGUCAAUCUUGUACGGGCCCACCAUCAGGUUCGAGACGGUUUUGGACCCUCACCUGAUGCGGCAUUUGGGUAAGGCUGGGGAAGCAGCGGACAUCUUCGUUUCUCUCGCCCUCUCCAUGGAUUUGGCGAUGAGGGAGACCAUCACGUUUCCCUUGCCCAACUUCCAAGGGGACUCGUUCGUUGACUUCCCAGUCGUCUCUGACAGGAACCUGUCGUUCAACGUGUCAUGGAACGCCUCUGACUCUCUGAUUGUCGUCGACAGCCAAGAUGACGUCCCGGCAGAGACCUUGAUCAGUUUUGUGCUGCCAAGAACUCUGGGCCUAGUGAUACCGGUGGUAGGAGUGCGGGAGAACCAAUCUAAUUUCUGGAUCGCAGUAGCCAGUGAUGAUGGUCCUAUCUACAGGUCAGGACUCUACUCUAGCACCGUAUACAACAUCUCCAUCGCUGUCCAAACAGAGCAGACUUCUUUCUCCAAUGUCUUCCCAGUGGGUUCCUUCGUCUACCCCAGACUGUUCCUCCUGCCGCCCGUCGCUGGGCAGUAUGCAGCGCUGCUGAUGAUGAUUGGAGUGAGGAUGCACAUUAGAGCAGCAGAUGAGAUGUUUCUUGAGUACAGCUUGAUCGACUUUGAAGCUCAGAACUUUACAGGUGCCUGCCUGUAUGAAGAUGGUACAAGAGCUGAGCUGGUGGGGACGGUAGAUAGAGCACGAAGCCUGUUGACGUUCGUGUUCUCAGCCGAUGUGCAGAUCGAUACGAAUGUCAAGAUUUACGUUGAUCCAUCCGCACGGAUCAAGAUCCCCGUCGGUGGGAUGUAUCCCAACCAGACCAGUUUCAAGAUCUUGACAUCUGCGUUCAACGGUCCCGUCCCCUCCACCGACUUGCUGUUCGCACAAUCCGUUGGCAUCGUUAUGGACACCUCUCUCUCCUACUCUCCGCUAAUCGUGAACGCGGUGGUGGAGGUUGAGGUAAAGUUCACAGUCACCUUCGACCUGAUCAGAGGAGACAGAGUUUUUAUCUACCUUCACGGCUUCCAGCGCCAGGACUACUCGAAGCAGGUCGAGGUUGCAGCAGCGAUGCAAGACGUCUUCCAUCCUGACUGGAUCACCAACUGCAACAGCACAGGAAUAGCUCUGACAGUGCUCAACGCCUCCGUCCCCUCGAUGCAGCCAAUCGUCGUCAAGUUCCUUUGGCAAAAUGGAAUCAUGUUACCCCAUCGGCCUUUGAGGAGGGAUGAAAAUGUUUCGACAAUAUCUGUCAUGUCAAGGAACGGAAACAUCCCUUUCACUCCCAUUCUCAAGAACCCUCCUGUUGGCUCCUUCUCCGACGUUUCCAUCGUGUUUUCCCCUCGUAUCUAUGGAAGUCCUACUGAUAUCAAUGUUUCCUUCACCCCGAACAUGGACUUGAGCCCAGGGGAUGUUGUUGUUGUCAAGCUCGCUGGUUUCUCCGGGGCUGUUUGCCAUGAGUUUCCUGUGACGUCUCAUCCUCACAAGCUUUUCUAUCAUGCUAGCUGGAAUCCUCAAGAGCAAACUCUCUCGUUCAACGUGUCUGCUGCUUUCACACCUGUUAAUGAUUCCUCCUUCGCAUCACAAAACGCAAGUUGGGUUUUCGUCUCCUCCUCCCACUGUUCGAUCAUCGUACCCAAGGCAGGAGUUGGCUCAAAUCACACUUUCACCAUCAGGACAGAUGCUAAAGAAGGCCCAGUGCUCGAGCGAGCUAUCCUGAAUUAUUCGUUUAUUGGCUCAGUCAACUUCGCUGGUUUGUUGUUCUUGCCGCCGAUUGCUGGAGAGACAACCACGAUCAAGUUUGUGUUCUCUGUGAAUGUGAACAUGAACAAGGGAGAAACAAUCUUGCUGCGAUUGCAAGGCUUGUCCGGCCCCUCAAAUUCCUCUCUGACCUUGUUUUCUCUACCUGACAGACUCUUCUCUGAAGCUACAUGGAGCCAGUCGCUGGGGACGAUGCGGCUUGUAGUCAACAAUACGAUCUUACCAGACCAACAUGUAACUGUCUGGAUCCCGUCGGAAUCUGGGAUCACGCUACCUGCUACUGGGUUUGCUCUCAACAAUGCAGCUUUCACCGUCUCGUUCGACGCCACUGCUGGGGUGAUACCAUACCAUCAACUUGUCAACUCCACACAGGUUCCCUUUGCGGCUGUUCCCAUCGGCCUCUUCUCGGCGCCUGUGUGCGAAGUUCCCGUCCUCCGGUUUGAGCUGCUCAACGCUGACCGUCUGGUUCAGCUCUUCAUCAAGAUCUGCCUCAGGCGGCCCAAGUCAGGAUACGUCAUCAGCUUGAUCCUGCCGGGCUUCGUUGGGCCUUCACUUGAAAACCUUCUUAUCAGCACCCCCCAGCCCACCACGAGCUUCAACAUGACGUGGGUGUACGAACGCUCCUGCACCCGCGUCUGUAUGAACAACAGUUGGACGAACCAGACGUUGGCGAUUGACUUUCCUUCCUGUAUGCCCAGCACUGUGCUGGAGUACGUCUCCUGCUCCGACACCUGCGAGGAGCACAAUGAGCUGCGUCUCGUGUACGAGAGCGCUGAGUCAGCAUCGGACAUGCAGGUCGGGUUGAAGCACUUUGACCUGAUGAUCCCCAGCAGCGUUGGGAUCGUGCUCCCCAAGACUGGGAUUCCAGCUGAAUGGAAGGAGGGGGCAAUGUUUGUGUACGAUGAUGCCAUGAAGAAGUUUGCGGUCCCAAUGAGAAUCGAGCCGCUCGGAAAUUUCAUGGUCAGACCAGAAAUCUCGCUGGAUGCUGCUGAUGACCAUUCUCCGAUCCAGCUCACGCUCGCUUUCUCGCUCUCGUUCCCGUUGUACGAGUUUGACACAAUCAAAUUGGUCUUGCCGUUUGUAACUGCCGAUGACAUGCAAGGGAUCAGGGUCUUGGUUGACGGACAAGAUAGAAUGCGAGGGCGUUGGUCCGACUCUCAACUGACUCUUACUCUCAUGGAAGGCUCUUUCCACACGGAAUCCUGCAUGCAAACUACUCUCUUCAUCCCCCCGGAAAAUGCUCUCUACUACAAGUACGGGAUAGAGGCGAUUGAGACCACUUCGAUGAUCACUGUCCUUGCAAAGUAUGGCGUGGUGGAGAAUUUGACAUUUCCGGUAACGAGCCUGGGAUUUUUCAGCCACCCCUCGUUCAUAUACCCUGUUCCUUUCAAUCCUGGAUUUCCCUGCACCAUGUACUUGGGAUUUCUUGCUGGCAUGAAGCUCUCCAAAGGAUCUGUCGUGAACUUUGAAUUCCAGAAUUUCUCCUUGUCUGGGGGGGAAUGCUUCCCCAUCCAAUCCUACCCUCUUGGCUUCUUCACCUUCGCUUCUUGGAACCACAGCACGUCAGUGCUGACUACUACUUGCGAGCGAGACCUGGAGCCCUACAAGCGCGUCAUCGUUAUCAUCCCUUCCAAGUCCGGGUUGAGCCUCCCACCCGACGGCCUGUCUGCACAGAGCAACCCUGUAACUAUCAGUGCCCACGGGGCCCAUGGCAAAUUCCUCAAGCACGCCAUCAGCAGCUUUCCGACUAUCGGCAGCUUCCAAGUCAGCACCCUCAAGUGGGACCCAAGACCCAACACCGAUACUUACAUCCAGUUUGAGUUCAGUCCCAACAUGCCGCUCCUGAGGGGAGAGCACGUCUACGUCAGCCUCGAGGGGUUCGAGAGAGCAGGAGGAGACGGCGAGCCUGUUGUGGAGUCUUCCGGGCACUACACGCAUCGACAACUCCCUGACUCCAAACUGCCCACUCAAUACAUCUGCAGCCCUUGUGUCUCUAACGAGUACCAGGACGGCAGCUCCCUUGCAGCCGGCUACUACCGCGGGGUCUGCGGCAAGGGAGGGGUUGAGCUCCGCAGAGCCAUGCACGAUCGUAUCAGGAGGACGCACCAGCGCCCAGCGGGCUCAGCGGCAUCGAUGGCGAAGCUGUUCGAGAUGGAGAGGAGGGUCGCUGAAUGGGGGCCAGUGCGCUCGAUCUACAGCGGCAGGGUGCUCAACUUCAGCCUCGACAACUCCUCAUGGAAGUUCACCAACUUGUGGUCGAGGUCGAUGGGAUCGGAACCUUACUGCGGUGAAGACUCUGACAGCGUGCUGUUCCCUCCCUCGCUGGACUUCCACAAUCGCUACCCCAGCGAGGUCUCUCUCAACCGUCUGCUCCACGAGCCCGAGCUGUACCGAGCCACCGAGGGCCGGUACUACAAUAAGACGGCAAUGCUCUUUGACAUGUGCGAUGACAGCUGCAUGGCGGACUUUGACCUCAAAGUGCGCUACAGCUCAGAGUGGAGCGUCUCAACUGACCUCUUUGAACCUCCGGCGCAAGUCAGGGGAGAUAUCGCGAGAUCCUUGCUAUACAUGUCGUUGAGGUACGACGGAGAAGAUGGUGAGGCGAAUCUCGACCUCAAGGGUUUCAGUCCUGAUGAGCAAACCCGUUGCUGUUUCUCGGACCAGUCACAGUACGGCUGCUUCCGUUCAGACUGCUACAUGGGUCAGCUGCCCACCCUGCUGAGGUGGAACAUAGAGGACCCGCCGAGUGAAGUAGAGAUGAUGAGGAACGAUCUGAUCGAAGAGUACCAAGGCAACAGAAACCCCUUCGUCGACUUCCACCAGCUUGCCUGGUUGCUUUACGACCCAAUCAGUCUCAACUCCAGCGAGUAUCUCUCAGACUGCGGAAGAGACAACUCAAGCAUGGCAAACGCCACCUGGUCAGCUGCCAGCUCCACCUUGCGGCUCGUGGUGAACCGCCCGAUCGGCAGGGGAGAUCAUGUAUCUGUUAUGAUACCCAAGAGCGAGGGGUUCAAGACCCCAGCCUUCAGCAUAGCAGGCAGCAACCAGUCUUUCAAGGUGUGGACCGACGCGUCCAGCGGCCUCGUCUACCCCGUCGCCCUCAAGGCUUCCCAGCCCGUCGGGAUCUUUGCGCUGAGCCCGAGCUUGCAGUUCAGUACCCCCGCGUUUGCCAACGAAGUCACAGACCUCAAGUUUGGGUUCUCCCUUGACAUCGACUUGAUACGAGAGGACUCGCUGCAGUUCAUCCUCCCAGGGUUUCACGUCAACCAGGUGGCAGAGCAGGCCGAGGUCACGGCAGCUUGUAACGCUGAAUGCGUGAGACUCUGCUCUGACCCUUUGAGGUACGCCGGAGCCCUCAUGCAGCAAUGCGAGAGUUUCUCGUUCUUCAACAGCUCCCAGGAUGUCUGUCAGCAACGCUGCAACGCCUCCUGCACGAGCCUCAACGACGUACACGAAGGCCUCAACGUGACUAUGUUGGUGACGAGCACCUGUGCUGCAGUCUACAUCUCUCCCGAGAGGAACUUCUCUGCAAGGGAACAGAUCAGCUUCACCGUCUCCAGCUCGUACGGGGUAAGGCUGCCGAGCUCUGGCGUACCGCUAUCAGGUCACAACAUCACGCUCCGACUGCUCCAUCUGUCACCUUGCAACUGGACAACGAACUCCAGCUGUGGGACUCUACGAGACUUUUACACAGAGCUCCAAGGUCAGGAAAAAUUCCAAUCACCAGCCGUCUCGCUGCCAUGGAUCUUCAUAGAGCCGCAGUCAGUCGCUGCCUUCGAGUCUGCAACGCUCAGUUAUAUCCCCCGGGUCACCAGCCAACCGGUCAAGCUCAAGUUGCAGUUCAAGACUUCAGUCCAGUUGUUCGCCUACGACAAUAUUUUCCUCAGGCUCCCUCACUUCCAGAAGACGCAGGAGUCUGUCAACACAGAGCACGUAGUCUUUCAAGAGGCAAAUUUGUCGAGUGCAACGAAUUUCCAAUUCGUCGAAACUCCCGCGGAAAACCUGUUCCCGUUCCUGCAGACAAACUUCUCGAAAUGCAGCAAAGGGUUUGAAUGCUCUGUUCAAGACGCAAGUUUGGUUCUUUCCACCUUCAACAACUCAAACGACACAGUAGCCGGGCAGCGCGUGUCUUGCGACUCGACAGUUGUCGGCAAACCUCCAGCUCUCCUUGAGCUGGAAGCUUUGCUCGCUGACUUCGUGCAGCAGGCAGGCAACACAACGUUGAUCCCUCGAGUCUCGCCUGUGGUCAACUACACCGUCACAUGGUCGACCUGGUGUUCUACCGACAUGCUGGUCAUCACGAUUCAACCUGGGUUCUGCUUCAACCGAGGAGACGAGGCGAGCUUUGAGAUCCCAUCUAGUCUCGGCCUCAUGCUUCCUGAAGCCUACCUGCCGGAGAACUCUCCCACGCUCAUGAUCGGAACGGACGCUGCGGACGGAACUCUUAGUAUGAGACCUGGGUCGCUUUCUAGCGGAGCGGUGGUCUCCAUGAACUGGGUGACAGCGGGAAAACAGCCCGUAGUCUCCUUCGACCCUUCCUCCCCUGGCUCCAUCACCACCAUCUUCGUUCAGUUCAGCCCUGACCAGAAUCUGAUCCCCUCCGACCUCAUCACCAUCUGGCUGUACAACAUGUCGGGCCCGACCGACCUCUGCUUCCGUCCGCAAAGUUCAAUUCCUCCCGACGUCUGCACGUCCACAGCAUGGGAGGCAAGGCAACAGCGACUGGACCUGCGCAUCAGCGACUAUGUCAACGCGGGCACGCAGGUUUCCAUUCUGAUCGCUACCUCUGCCAACAUCAGGAUCCCGCUAACGGGCAUCACGGUGGCGAAUAUCAGCGCUGAGACUUCAAGAGGGUUCUUAGAUCCUGUUCCAGUGAUUCAGCUGAAGAAAGUGGGAACCUUUUCUAGAUCGUACGCCGUGGCAACGCCGCUCAAGUAUGAUGAGGCGAUCGAGCUGAGCAUCUUUGUGUUUGCAAACUUUGACUUCUUUGUUGAUGACAUCAUGGUGAUAGCCUUGACUGGAAUCCACAUGGACAACAACACGUCUACUGCAGCCAUGACCUGUAUCCUCCCGAACGAGAACUUCAAGCAGAUCUCGUUUAAAGACAACACGAUCAAUGUUACAUUUGCGCGUAACUUCAGCAAUCACACGGCAAUCAACCUUGUGCUCCCAUCCAUACUUGGCGUCAAGUUGAACGCAGACGACGGAGGAGUCAUUUCCAUGAACGUGUCAACCAAGGCGAAACACAGCAUCAUCACAAGUUAUCCGGGGCUUCCUCUGCUCACAACGAGCAGAGUUGGAUACUUUGUCAAUGCAACUCUCCACUUUGGGAAUGAACAGGAUCAAAAGUUCUAUAAGGUCAAGGUCUCGUUCUCAUACUCCGACCACUUGCGAGCUGCCGAUUUGAUCGUUCUCAAAUUUCCUUCGGCCCCGGGCAGCGCCGAAACUAGCCAGGUGACAGUGUCUCCUUCCAAUGAAUCGUUCACCGUGGAGAGUUGGAACAGCACAGAGAUUGUUUUCAGUGUAAGACAACAAAUCACUUCGUUCACGACAGCAGUGAUCGAGAUAGCAUUCCACAACGGCUACUCUCCCAAGAAUCCCACGUAUUACGAUUCCUACAAGUUGUCCGCCUUGGCAGUGUCGGCAUCUUGUAACAAUGGUGACUUCUCCUUUGUCGACCUCACUUUCGGAACCUUCAAACUUUUGCCUUCACUGGUCAUCGUACCUGUUUCAAGCUGGGGCCUGUUCAGACUGGAGCUCAAUUUCACUCUCUUGAGGACUGUCCGGACUUCAGAUGUCCUGUUUUGUGCCUUGCCAGGGAUCUCAGCAGUGAGCUCAACAACCGUUACUGAUCCGCAUCAAGUAAGAAAUUUUUCUUUGACAUCGUUGAAUUGCAAUUUGCAUGACAUCACAAUGAAUCAAACUUUGGAAGAGUACAUGAUCAAGAUCGUUAACUUAGAACUCAGCGAUGAGAUCCUGUGCAACGUCUUCUACUACUUUCCGAAUUCGACCUUCCUGCAACUGUCAAGGUCUGUGAACCCUAGGUUUGUUGACGUGGCAUCGACAGUGAACUCCACCUCCAACGAGGACCUCUCGUUUGCCAGCCAACUGAAACAGAUUCGAGUUUGCACAUGGAUUUUGAACAUUACACUAACAAGUGGAGGAGACCUUCCUGUCAACCAGGAGAUCGUCCUAGGCUUGUCAUUACCAGGCGUCAACAGCGGGUUCGAGGUCGAUCACAAGUUCGUAGAAGCCAAUGCGAAGUCCCUCCGUCUCAUAGUGCUGGGCUCGUCUUCGCCCAUCGCGCUGAACCAGACUCGGUUCAUGACAUUCGCCGAGAUUUCUGAGUUCGUACCAAGGCAGGUUGGUGUUCCUGUUGCGAUCUCUUUCAGCUUCAUCCCAGCUUACACGCUCCAAGACUACGACACGGUGCAUGUGCACUUGCCGCUCUUCUACUCUUCCCAGGAGAUACUGGCUCACUCGCUCUCCGGUCCUGACGGGUCGAGGUUCUCGGCUAGGUGGAAUCAAAACCUGAGCACGCUAGUCCUAUGGCUGCAUUGCGCGAAUGACAAGGUGGAGGGAGGACAGCAAGUCAGCGUCGUUUUUCCGUCCUCGCUCGGAAUCUACCUGCCAGUCAACGGCAUCAAGACAAACUCGUUGGACCUGACCGUCGCUGUGUCAAGCUAUCCUCCCAAGUCCAUUGACUUCACUCCUGGGGUUGGGUACUUUGCUGAUACCCGCAUUGCCUUCAACCCGCCGAAGGCAGCGACUGUCUCCGCCAUCAUCUUCAGCUUCACUCCCUUGAUGGACAUCCCGUCCGGAAGUCAGGUUGUGCUGCACCUGCCGCAGUUCUUCACGAACGCAACGACGAGCCAGGUGAUCAACGAUCAGUUUUACUCGUACGAGUGGGUCCCUUUCGUGUACAAGAUCGAGAACUUCACCUGCGCCACCACCGCCUACUUCUCAAUCCCGAGGAUCUGCUACUCUGACAAUGGAAGCAAGGUCACUGAUCACUACUGGACUGAGCGUAAGGUCAAUAUAACCAACACGCUGAUCAUCUCCUUCAAGUCUGCCAGACCCGCUAACCAGAAGCUUGAGAUCACCGUCCCCGCAACCCUGCAGAUGAUGAUUCCCCGACAAGGAAUCUCGGUGAACCAGCAGCAGCUCAAGGUCUCCACGGCCAACUUCGACCAAGGGAUCUAUGUUCCCACCUCCAUCAUGAAGUCUCCUGGGAUCUACCUCGCCGGGGACUUCUCUUUCUUCAACAUGAGCUUCAAGCAUUCGAACAAGCCGCAGAUGGCAGGAAACCCCAGCGAGAUCACCAUUUGGUUCCAAGCGAUCAUGAACCUUGUUGGUGGGGAUGAGAUCUUCAUCCGCCUCCCCUCCUUCUCUCUCGCUAGCAACCUCUCGCUGGUUCCGGUUGUCCCCAACACUCCUUACAUAUCUCCGGACGCCUCCUGGAACUUCAACAACGCCGGCCUGACGCUCACAGUCAGCAGCGAGAUCGAGGCCGAGACUCCGAUCCAGAUCUGGAUCUCCUCUACCUCAGGGGUGAGGCUGCCAGUCAAGGGGGUGGUCAAGAACCAGAGAAACAUCACCAUCUCCACCAACGCCGUGUCCGGGCCCGUCCUGGGCUACCCCAUCACCUCAUCGCCAGCCGUGUACCAGCAGGGCUCCUUCGACAUCGCUGACCUUCAGUUUGACAGCAUCGGAAGCAUCUGCAGUUCGGUCUUUGGAGGUUUCGAGCCACCAGGAUACAACAGCUCUAGAGUUCUAGACAGCAUCGCCUGUCAGGAAAGCUUCCUGGGCAGGGGCAGGGCCAAGAGUAUCACCCGAAUCUACUUCAAGUUCAAGGCGAGGAUGAGGCUGUAUCCGACCGAUGAAAUCAGCCUUUACCUCGUCGGUUUCACCGGAGGGUACGGCAAGAGUCAGUUCCAGGUCAAGAGCACUCCCAACGGGACAGUGCUGAACGCCUCCUGGAGUAGGCAGCAGAACAUCCUGACUAUGACCGUCGCCGAGUUUGUGGAGGAGUUCACGCAAGUCGACAUCGUGAUCGGAGAGGAGAUCGGUCUCUUCCUUCCGUCCACGGGCCUCAAGACAAACGACCAGACCCUCCUCUUGGGUUCAAACGCUGGCUCAGGACCUCUCACACCUCAACCAGCCCUCACCUGCACUCCAGUUGGAUCCUUCGGCGUCUCCCCGACGCUGACCUUUUCCAACCCUCUCCCCGGCAUGCCUUCGGACAUCAUAUUCUCCUUCAGAGCCUCAAUGAGGCUUCAGAGCCUCGAGACGAUCACUCUUACUUUGCCUUUCUUCUUCGGCCCCAGUCGCCCAGUCAUUUCUGCUCAAUCAAUCCCGAAGCUCUGCGAUGCCAACUCCGACACCAUCGGGUGCGGCAGCUAUGUCGCUCAGGCCUCGUGGAUACUCGAGACCCAACAGCUCGUCCUGACCGUCAAGUACGCGGCCAACAUCCCAGCUGAUACUGACCUCACGAUCAUCAUGCCAGCAGACGCACAAUCUGUCAGGCUCCCCGAGGAGGGGCUGGCGACUGACCUGCUGACCUUGCUGGUGAGCAGCGAAGCUUCUGACGGGCCGGUGCCUCCCACUCAGAUCACCAACGUCCAACACGUAGGAUUCUUCGGGGAGACGAGUCGACAGCUGCCUUGUGACCCUGAGAUCAGCUGUCCCUUCCCCUUCUCCCCUCGAACCUCGGACGUCCUUCGCCCGAUCAUCUCUUUCGACCCUCCCAAGGCAGGGGACGUCACGGCCGUAACGCUACAGGUGCGCAACUACGUCGACCUGGAGCCAGGGGAUCGGAUUCUGAUGACCCUCCAAGGCUUCGGAGGGGUCACGGGGCCUCUGACCUUAGUUUCAUCGCUCAACGUCUCGGGGUCGUACGAUGCGACAAGGUGGCAGGUUGAGAUUAUUCUUCACUCCAACGCCUCGUCAAAUUCUCGAUUCUCCAUCGAAAUCCCCCAGGAGAAUGCGAUUUCCCUGCCGCAGUCUGUCCUAGAGAUCAACUCAAAGAAACUGCUCGUUACAAUCAUCAAGAGCGACAACACGGCAUCGUCUCUGGUUCCCAUCAGUGCAGCCAUCGGAUAUCUCGACAGCUUUGCUGUUUCCUUCGACACUUGCGCAGAUCUGACUGCUGCACAGAAGCAGAAUAUCCCAACCAGUUGCCAGUUCCUCUGCAUCUUGAACUCAGCUUGCACACAGUACUGCCUCUCUCCCUUCUCCGCUGCAUCCAUCACCGUCUCCUUCUCCAACAGAAUGGCAUUCGUCAACGGUGACGUGCUGACUGUGACCUUUCCCGGGUUCGACGGAGAGGACUCUGAGUUUGUCCCGACGUCGUCAGGAGAUUUCAUCAGCAGAGGAACUUGGAGCAAGGCCGAUCGAACUGUCAGGCUGUACGUGGGCUUGCCGAUAGCAAGCGGAGCAAACAACCAAAUCACCAUCCCUAUCACAGCGGGCAUCACAUUGCCUAGGAGUGGCUUGCUAGCAGACGACGCCAGCGGCAUUUCUUACUCCAUGACGGCUCGCAAUGGAGUAGUCUUAUCGACCAGUCGCCUGUCUUCGCCGACAGUCGAAUCGAUGAUUUCUCGUUCAGAGAUUCAAUUCGUCCCGCCGUUACCCGGUACCGCCACUCAGAUUGUCGUCAAAUUCUAUCCUGUCUCGGUCCGCGGACCCUCACAGACCGACUGCAGCCAGGAGUAUGCGCUCGAUGCUCAGAGCUGGGUAGCUGUGUACCUGCCCGGCUUCAAGAUCGAGAAUGAAAACCUUAUCCUCAGUGGGCAGACGCUGGAACAAGUGCCCAAUCCUUUCUCCAACAACAACGAGUCGUUGGCUAUCAAGGUUGAAUCCAUCCCGAUCGGUGCCAUCGAACAGUCGCUCUGGUUCAACUCCUCGCAGAUGCUCAUGCUCCUGGUCGCUAAACCCAUCCUUUCCGGUUCUCUCGUGCAGGUCACGAUCCCGAAAAGUGCUUACAUCAUGACGCCCAAGGCAGGGCUGCAGAUGAACGACCCUUCGCUGACCAUUCAAGCGUACAUCCCUUCCGUUGGGCGAGUGCCGGCGGUGUCAGUUCUGACUUCUGACAUCGUCCAGCCUUAUGCCGACGUCGUCGUCUCUAAGUUGGAAGCCAUUCCUCCACAGACCAACGUCAACGUGCGACUUCGCGUCGGGUUUGCACUGAGCAUCGACUUCAAGCCAGGAGAGGUUCUUUCUGUUACCCUUCCUGGAUUCAGCGUUGCAAAUGUCAACCAAGGCAUCACCAACUUCGAGGUCUUGAGUGAACCGUACGUGUGCGAAGAGUAUCCUCUCAGAUGUGUCGGAAAGAUCAGGCUUGCAUCAUGGAACGCGGAUACUAAGGUCUUGAAGUUGACGGCUCAGGAGCUUGUUCCCGUGAACGAGUACAGCACCGUCAUAAUCUUUGAGGACAUCGGAUUCAGAGUCCCAGAAACAGGGCUGAUGCAGAGUGAGAAGAGCUUGUACAUGUCUGCCAUCACAUCGUCUGCCAUCAUCCCGGAUACCAACUUCGAUGACAUCACCCCCGUCGGCUACUUCCGAUCCCUGCCUCACCUGUCCUUUGAUCCAGCCAGCGCCAACGCCAUCUCAGGCAUCACAGUGGGGCUGGACACAAACCUCGUGAUAUCCGCCAAUACCGUCAUGGGCAUCACCGUCAAAGAUUUCUCGAGCUCGCUGGUCAAUCAAUCGGAUUUCGUGUCGGUGUAUCCUACCUGCCAGCUCACCAAGGUCCGAUGGUACAACAACCAGAUCUUCGUCUCAACGAUGCAGGAUCUUGUUGCAGAACAAGUGUUCAACCUGACCCUCUCCAAGGAUUUCAAGGUCAAGUUACCCAUGAACGGCAUCCAGCCCGUCGUUACCUUCGAUAGAUACAACGCGAAGCUGGACGGACUCUACUACAAGGUCUCGACUGAUCCGUUGGGAGUCGUUUCAAACUCGGAAAUCUGCUUGUCAAGCUACUACAGAGGGUCUCGGGUGUCCGUAAAGGUGGUAGCAUGGAUAGGUAUGCCCCUUUCAUUCGGCGACACGGUGUCCGCGGUUGUUCAGGGGAUGACAGGACCAUCGGCGGUAGGACUGAAUGCUCAAAUGUUCAAAUCCAAGGAGAUGGGUUGUAACCCCUCGCAGCUCGAGCAGGUUCUCCCUGCUCCCAUAGCGUCUUGGGACAGCUCCACAUCCACUCUGUCCUUCCUGUUGGCGCAGAACGUCGAGGGUAAUGUUUCUAUCCACCUGGUUGCCCUGUCAGCCCUUGAGAUCGGACCCUUCGGACUGUACAAGGACGACGAUCAGAACUUGAUUUCCAUCGCUACCGCCAUGCCGGUCUACCAAGAGCCCAUCAGUCACUCUCCGGGGGUCGGCACCGUCCUGAUCUCCUUGCUGGACUUCCAGCCGAGGCUCUCCGACGAGCCAGCGAGCUUCACGGUAGAAAUGCGAUUCAGCUGCAACCUUGCAGCUCGCGAGUCGUUCAUCCUGCACCUGCCAGGCUUCUACAAGUGCAGCAUGGUCAACGACUGCAGCUACACCUUCGCUACCCAGGGAGAGGAGGCUGACAUGUUCCCUACGGCCACCUGGGACGGGGCCUCCAGCCCCCCGAGGAUCGUCUUCACGGCUGCAACGUUCGUGUCGAAAGGGCGAGUAGUGAGUGUGGUGGUGCCGAGCUCUAGCGGGAUCCGGAUCCCUCUGAAUGGGUUGUCGCUGAAUCAGAAGGAUAUCAAGAUCUCGCUCAACUCUUCUUCCUGUCUUGUCCCGCCUACAUCCCUGCUCUCCGUCUCUCCCGUUGGCUCCUUCGCUCGCUCAGAGUCGUUGAUCUUCGGGACGCCAGUGGCCGGAGUCUUUUCCUCCAUCACCUUCGAGUUCACUCCUACACAGUUGAUCCCCGCCGGGUCAAAGAUCAACCUCUGGCUCAAAGGGUUCUCACGUAACCUGUCAACUCCCGUCAAGGUUUUCACAUCGCUCAACACGUCUUACAGCAACUCAACGUUCAACUCAACAGCAACGUGGGAUGCCGGCAGCCAUGUCCUGACCUUCAGCACCAUCCACGACGUCAACCCCGCCACUCUAGUGACUCUGCUCGUUCCAGCGUCCGAGAGGCUGAAAGUUCCCCUCACUGGCAUCCAGAAGUACAACGGCUGCAACUGUCUCAGUACGAAUGCUUGCAACUGUACAACGGUUUUGUUCUGGGUGGACUCUAUCUUAAGUCCGAUUUCUUCCCGACCGGUCGAGAGCCUUUCUCUAAUCGGAGCGAUCUUGGAAUCCGAACUCACUUACAAGUUCCUACCCAGCUCUUCCUUUCAGAGCGUCCCUGUGAACUUAACUUACAGUCUCACUUUCAACUUCCGUCUCAUGGCAGGCGACGAGCUGGUCCUUUACCUCCCGGGAUUCCGGAGAAGCAACCUGUCGGCCCCUUCAGCCGACUUUGCUUAUCUGAACCAGGAGGCUGUAGCUCGACCAAUGUUCGAUGUUGGAGCCUGGAACCCAGCCUCUCAGUCCCUCUCGCUCAAGGUCUUGCAGGAGGUCGGAGCUGAGCAGCGGGUUAGAUUGCUCUUCAUGUCGGACUUUGGGUUUCUGUUCCCCUUCGACGGCAUCACAGGCAGAACGAGCGACAGUUUCAGAGUUGUCGUCCAAGGAGUGUACGGGAAGGUGCUGUCAACCCCCUCAGCUGCUGUCCAGCUGUUCGGAUCAUUCCUCGGCACUUCUCAGCUCCGCUUCACUCCCAAGAUAGCAGGAGCCUCAGUCAACGUGACCAUCAGCUUCACCGCAAGUAUGCUGAUCAAUGCAGGAGAACGCGUCCUCGUCUCCUUGCCGUUCUUCGGAGGAGCCAACGGUCUCUACUCCGUCUUCUCUUCCCCUCCCGCGUUGACCAACGCUGCUUACUGGGCGACUGACAAUCAGACACUGACGAUUCAGAUGCGCGCCGUCGUGCUGCCGUACACCAAGGUCGUGCUAACAGUAUACGGAUCCUCCUCAUUGUCUGGGAUCAACCUCCCGAUUCAAGGAAUGGCCUACGACACCUUGCACCACUACACGCUCUCUACUAAUUGCGCCGACGGCCCAGUCCUGCUGCCGCUGCCCUUCGUCCAGAUCGACUCGGUAGCUGCCGUGUUCAACACUUCCGUCGUCUUCGGAGAGAACGCCAAGGCCGGGCAGGUUGCUAACCUGUCAAUGGCGUUCGUGGUGAACAGGCCGCUAGUCGUUGGUGAUUUCUUCACGGUGGAGCUGAACGGCUUCCAACUCCAGUGCUCCGUAUGCAACUCGAGCGACUGGACGCUGCAUGCAAGCAUCCUUAUCCAGGGAUUCAGCGAUGAGUCGCUCGUGGCGACCUGGAACAACCGCACGGCCCUCCUUACACUCCGCGUCGUCAAGGCGAUAACCAACUCCAUCACAGCCAUCCAGGUGAACAUCCUGUCCAGUCCAGAGCUCCAAGUGCUCUUGCCGUCAGACGGGGUAACUCGAGGCGAUCAGAAGAUACGAAUCAAAGUCUCAGGCCUGUAUGGCAACUCCGACUUCGUCGCGAUCAGCAACGUACAGCCUGUAGGAGCUUUCAUCACCAGCCCCAGGAUAUUCUUCGUUCCUCCUGUGGCAAACGCCAUCACGGAGCUCCGAGUUGCGUUCUCGCUAUCCAACGCCCUCCGGCCUGGAGAUACGAUAGUGCUGACUAUCCCAGGGUUCUCGCUCAACGCCUCCUCUGCCUCCAGCGCCACCACCAUCGAUGUCACCAGCUUCCUGCUCGGUUCCAUCAAGGGAGACUUGUCUGCCGUGUGGGUCCCUGGAGAGUCGGCUCUGCGCAUCUCCAUCAUCAACUUCAUUCCAGCAAGCAUUUUAAUCAACAUUACUCUGGGCAAGGACGCGGGGCUCACCAUCCCAUCGGACGGGGUCUCGCAGGUCCCGAUCUCGAUGCUAAUCGAUGCUGUCGACGGCAAGAUCCUCCCCGUGCCAACGUCUUACGAGCCGGUCGGGUAUAUCUCUGGCAACAUGGAACUGGCCUUCACUCCGCCAGUCGCCUCCUCCCCCGUCGACAUCACCUUCAAGUUCUGGCCCGUCAGUGGCCUCCAGGCUAACGAUGAAUGCACCCUCCUGCUCCCGCUCUUCUCCCGAGCCUCAGGGCUGCCUGCUGCUCUGCAGCUCGACGUCUCGUCAAGUUUUACAGCUCUUUGGUCCGUUGACAGCAAGACCGGACAGCCGACUGUGACAUUGAAAGCGACAGCUGAAAUAUCCCAGCGAGUGGAGAUCGUGAUCUUGGCACUGAACAGCAUCAUUUCCCCACCAGAGGGCAUUUCGCCGUCUUCAGUCUUCACCUUCUCCUGCAGGUCUCCGUUGGGAACCAUUCAGCCCACGAAGAUCCAAAAGGUCCAGCUGUUCGGCAAGUUCGUCAGCAACGCCAUCUCCUACUUCCCUCCGAGGCCAGGAGCCACCCUCUCAGACCUCAACGUUGCGUUCGCCUACUCCCAGGCUCUCAAGGCUGCAGAGACCGUCGUCGUCAACCUCCCUGGAUUCACCUGGAACUCUAACUUUGCAGAUCUCACAAGGAACAUUGUGGCUGCCAACUCGAUCCCCUUGGCGAUCGAGUGGAAGAAGGACUCUUCGAAUCUUAUCCUCACCUUGCAGCAGGACGUCCCAGCUAAGGCACAGGUGGAGAUGACCAUUACAGGUUGGGGGCUGAUGCUGCCAGCCUUGGGCGUGAGAGACGAUGUGACUUUUACCAUGGCAACGGACGCAACUGCCGGGCCCGUCCUGCCUGCCAAGAUCCUCUCCAUACUCCCAGUAGGCGCGUUCUCCGACACCUCCGUCAGCUUUUCUCUUCCUGUUGCAAACACAGUCGUGGACGUCCGCCUCACCCUGGUUCCUCUGAUGAGAAUUGCAGCAAAUGACAACAUCACUGUAGUGCUGCAAGGUUUCGAAGCCGUAGCAAGGCCUUCGACUGCGAACCCUUCGGUUGUUUUCACUACCAAAGUGACUGACGGUUUUGUUACCAUGUUGUCGUACACGUUCCCACAAGCAACAGCUGCCUUGCAAAGCACAACCAUUGUUCUGCCUCAGUUGCGAACUCCCUUGGCUGGUCUGGUCAAGGGCUACCGGGGAAUAUCCUUAUCGCUGGAUUCACGUUCUGGAUUGGUGAAGGAUCUUUUUGUUGAGAACAUUCAGCCGUUCGGCAGCUUCUCCUCUGCCCUCUUGAGGUUCCUUGCAAACCCUGACGACGACAGCAUCAUCGACAUUCAGUUCGCCUUCACAGCGACUAUGGAAAUUCUCGUCGGAGAGAAAGUCCAAGUAUCGCUCACAAACUACUCUGGCACCUCGAAGACAUAUCAGGUCCAGGACGAUUCAGGUUCAUUCUCCUCAGUCACGUGGGAUCUCGCAUCGAAGAAGUUCACGCUAGUACCCAACAAGGUCAUACCAGCCUGGAAAGUCAUCAACAUGUACAUCAAGGACGUCAGACAGGUCGGCAACGUCGCCAGCAUCUCAGCGUUGAUCUCGACGGACGCAUCCAACGGCCCGGUUCUACCAACACCAGUGCAGGUGGUCAACAGGAUCGGCAAGAUCUACAACUCCUCGUUGCUCUUUGGGACCCCUGUCGCCGGUCAGGUCAGCUCAGUCGUCGUCUCCUUCUCUCUCUCCGCUCCGAUCCAGCAAGGAGAAAACAUCCUCGUGGGACUCCCUGGCUUCAAGAUAUCUGGCGCUGCCGAGACCUCAACCAUUCAGCUCAGUAGCUUUCAGUGGUCGUAUGGCAUCUGGACAAGCUCGCAAGACACGCUAGCCUUGUUCACAAAGACCUUGAUAGCCUCGGAUUCUCCCAUCUCCAUCACAGUCCCAGCUGCUGCCGGGCUGCGCCUGCCGCCGCAGGGGGUCAACGCGAGCAAUUUCUAUUAUAUCCGCUCCAAUGCCUCGUUCGGGCAGACUGGCCCCUAUCGGGUGGACAGCGUGCAGGCCGUUGGCUCCUUUGGCGGCCUGUCGCUUUCGUUCCCUUCACCUCAGCUGGUGUACGCGGGUCAACAGGCCAACAUGCUGGUGGAGUUUGUUCCGUCCAUGGACAUCAGACCGGGGGAGAAACUCUCAAUCGCCCUGCCCGGUUUUUCCGGCACGCCAGCGAUCCAGCCACAAGGUGCCACGUCAUCGGUAGCCCUUGCAAGCUCCGUCGUCAACAUCGUCUUGGCGUCUCUCAGACCAGCAGGAGUCAAAGUCUCCCUGACCGUUACUGGGCUGACACUCCCAGCUAAUGGAAUUCAGAAUGGCCAACAAGACAUCACGAUCUCCACCAACGCGGCUGCAGGGCCAGUCUUGCCGACUCCCUUCAGCAGCCUGUAUAGUGUAGGAGCGCUAAAACAGGCCAAGUUGUCCUUCGGAAAUCCUGUUGCGAACCAGCCGACAAGCCUCAAGUUCGAGCUUUUGACUUCUAUGAACAUGAACGUCACGGCUAACAUCUCGUUGUACCUUCAGUCGUUCCCUGUGAACGACACUGUGAUCAACGGGUUCAGUUGCUCGUUCCCCUGCUCCUGGAACCAGUACUCCAAGGUCCUCAGUGUCCGCCCCACUCAGUUUGUGCUGGCCAACACGCUGUUCACAAUCCUUAUACCCCAGUCCGCAGGAUUCUUCCUCCCCGCAAACGGGAUCCAAAAGGACGCAAGCGGGGUGAAGAUAGGAAUCGACUCUGUGUUCGGCAAGGUUCAGCCGACCUCCAUCACUUCUUCACAAGGAGUGGGCGUGUUCUUGAACAGUCAAGUCAAGUUUGACCCGGGCAGUGCCGGGGGAUCGAAUGAGAUUCAGCUGUUCUUCACCUACUCCCUCAACAUCUCUGUCGGGGACACCAUCGACCUUGUCCUCACGGACUUCACUAGGACGUCGUUGCAAACUGUGACCGUCGCUGGCUCCUCCUUCGGCGUAAUGAAGUGGAACCAACUGACGUUCACUCUAACGUUAACUUGCACCCAGCAAGUUCCCCAGCUCGUCGAGUACAGCGUCCAGAUUCCCCCGUCGUUUGGCCUCAUCAGUCCCCUCAAGGCGAUCCCAAGAGACACCAGCUCCUUCCUCAUCUCUUGCUCCGCCACUCUCGGUCCAGCGCUUCCCAGGCCUCUUGACGCAUCUGCACCUAUCGGAUACUUCGGUUCCACCACGUCCCUUGCUAUGACUCCCGGGGUAGCGAACCAGGCCAAUGACGUCACUUUGCAGUUCACCAGCCAGCUCGCCCUCGAGGUCAACGAUGUGGUGAGAGUCUUUCUGCCAUCGUUCCAGCAGGAAGGAGCCUUCAGCAAUGUCCAGAUGGUGACGGAGGAUUUCAACGCGACCGCUCGCGCCUGCUCCUCCUCCGUCUGUCCCAGCUCUCCUGGGUUGUACGUGGACGUGCAGCUGAGAAAGAGGGUCCUGGCGAAUGUGGCCGCUCGUUUCACGAUCAGCCUGGGGCUCAUAUUACCCCUGGAUGGGGUCAGGAAGAAUGACAACCAGUUCAGAUUCAGCGUUCUCAGCUAUUCCUCUCCCAUCCCCGCCACGUCCUUUGCUGUCGUGAACCCAGUCGGAGCUAUUUCCCUUGCCAGCCUCUCCUUCUCCCCGCUGGAGGUGAAAACUUCAGUCAGCAUCGUCCUCCAGCUUCGCCUGUCCAUGAGUCUCGACGUCGGGGAUACGAUCGCACUGAAGCUGCCCAACUUCGAAGGAAGCUCUUUCACCAACGGUGCAGUCAGCUCCAUACCCAGUGGCUGCGUUCUGCAGUCCAGUUGGAGUAACCUUGAUUACACCUUGCAGAUGAAGGUCUCAUCGGCAGUGGCGGCCAGCACGCUCAUUACCGUCACUAUCCCUUCAGCGUUGUCCAUCUCCAUUCCAAGUCAAGGAGUAGCAAAAGACGACAAGAAUUUCACAGUCUCGAUCUCCUCGAUCAACGGGAACGUGUCUCCCCGGCCGUUCAGCACAGUCGCCAGGGUCGUCGCCUUCUCUACCAGCAGCCGGCUAAUUUUGUACUCUCCCCUGCCAUUGAACGGCUCGGCGAUGACUUUGCAGACUGUCGCCUUGCAGCAGAUCAUGGCCGGAGACGCCUUCUUCCUUCAACUUCCAGGGUUCAUCUCCUACUCCAAGUCCAUCUCGCUCGAGGCAUCGCCCUCUAUCAACAUCCAAGGGUUCUGGAACGAGGGCCCCUCCUCCGACGCCUGCUCGGCGUGCUCGCAGGGUACUCUGUGCCAGUCAGAAGGCCUGAUCAUCCUCUUCAAGCAGACGUACGCGGGUGAAUUCAAGAUCACCAUCCCUGCAGGCUCAGUAAUGCUGCCAGAGACAGGGCUGUCAGUCAACGUCACCACGAUGGUCGUUGGUACCAUGGCUGACUCCACCGUCAGCUCGUUCGUACCGACCUCCUCCACCGUCGUCUCCUACUCCUCUGCCGUUCCUCCUCUCAUCUCGAACGAGGAGCUGGUGAUCCAAGAAGUCUCUUCGUCCGGCUUGUCUAACUUGUCGCUCACUGUGCACUUGAACUCUGACCUCCCCGCUGGCACCAUCAUACGGCUCCAGCUUCCCUUCAUGCAAGGAGACGAGGACUGGGUGAGGAGCUAUCAGUGCAGGUUGCAAUAUUCUGACAUGCGCAACCACUGCGCGUGGGAGGAGAGGAAGUACUUCUUUGACAGGAGAUAUCAGCAGAAGUUCGAGGACUACAACUUCCUGGUUGUGGAGAAUAACUCCUCGGAUACCUUCACAUUCUUGUCGUAUUCCUGGAGCUCUUCAAAUCAACACAUCGAGAUCAAGACGAGUGAAGCGAUCAAGGGCUUCCAGACUCUGUCCUUUCACAUCCCCACAUCAGCAGGAUUGUACGUCCUGCCGCAGGGCAACUACAGGCUCGAGGAUGCAGCGAGCAUCGAGUUUGACCUCCCGCAGCUUGCGAUGACGACGAGGAGGUUUUUGAUCACUGACGUGACCCAUUUCGAACCUCUUUUCAGAGAUUCCUCCAUUCUCAUCACACCAGGAUCAUCGGGGGUCGGGCUCAACGUCCAAUUCUCUUUCCUUUCGCCUCCGGGCCUGCAAGUCUCCGACGUAGUCAGGGUAUACCUUCCAGGGUUCUUCCUUCAGACUCCCGCAGUCGCUCUUAGCGUCUCAGUAUCGCCCUUAGUCAGCGUCACAUGGGAGACAAACCUGGAGUCCUCUGCCAUCUCCUUCCUGGUCGCUGCUGGCUCCCUCGCCGCCAUGUCUAAGGUCCAGAUCACCCUGGCGGCCACGGCAGGCAUGCAGAUCCCAAGUUCAGGAGUGGACAAGCAGUCAGGCAUCACGAUGGAGGUUGUGAAGGCAGGUCAAGAACACCUCAGACAGGACUUCGACACCGUCUUCCCAGUCCAUGGCGUCCUGUCCUCCUCCUUGUCGUUCGACCCCACGAUCGUCGGCCAGUCGCCCUCCAUCUCGAUCGCGUUUGCUCUGCCGUUCAACCUCAACCAGAGUGACUCAGUCCACGUCCUUGUCCCCAGCCUCUACUCCGGCGCUAGCAAGCAGCUGACUGGGUUGACCGCCAAGUCAGUGUGCUAUCCACGGCUCUUGCCCUCCCUCUCUGUCUCCUCCGUCAGCCACAGCCGUUGCCAGCAAGGGCAGGACGGCUGCCUAGUCCCAGAGGCAUGCGCUCCUGGCUGGUAUGGGCCCACGUGCUCCUAUUUCUGCGAUGAUGCGGCGACUUGCAACUCGCUGGAGAAGAAAGGUUUCUGCAACGAGUUCGGCACCUGCACCUGCCUCCCUCCCUUCCGAGGGACCUUCUGUAAUGACACGCUCCCCAGCUCGGCGGCCUCUUGCUCCUCCCAGCAGGGAGCAGACGUCGUCCAGCCAAUGGCGACUCCCUCAGGAACUUGGUCAAAGGACGAAAGUGCAUUCGUCCUCAAGUUCUCGGGUCAGGUGCAGUCAUGGAAGACGGUGACGGUCAAGAUCCCGAGCAUCGCAGACUUGUUCUUGCCAGUCAUAACUGACGCACUCGCGUCCUCCUUCAAGAUCUCUGUCCAUUCGCAGGGUCAGGUCACGACCAGCGCGAUCGGGCAGGUACAGAGGGCCUACACCUUCGGCUGCUACACGACCUUCGUUACCGUCCCUUCCUCGAGCUUCUGCAGCGGAACCGUGCCCGUCCGACUCUGCUCCAAGUCCCAGCAGGACGCGCAGCUGUACACAGACAUGGUCGUCAGGAACAGUUUGCUCCAGAUGACCAGCGCCAGUUGUCCCAGCAAGUGCCAGGACGGCUACGCUCCUUCUAAGGUACUUGAUACGUUCUAUGCUCCUCCCUCCUUGUUCGCUGACCUUGCCUUGCAGGAGGAAUGCUGUAGCGUGUCCGGCGCAUGGAACUCAGCCCAGUGCUUGCAGAACUCUGACUGUGCUGGUCUUCCCACGGACUCCGCCGCUGCUGUCAGUGGGGUAGCGAACGUCGACAGCCUGUGCUGCGAGCACUGCGACAAGCUCGUCAAGGCCACAUGCAACAGCAGCACUGCGGUGCAGGAGUGCAGCCGAUGCAGUUCCAGCGCUCCUUGCUACGGCUACACCAUAGCCAAGAAGGUGGUCAGUAUCGACCCCGUGGUCGGAGCAGCCGUCAAGCUGGACAACGGAGCUGGCAUGCAGGUUCCUCCCGGCGUGUGGCCCGUCGCCCAGCCGGCGUCUGUAGCGAUCUACUCGGCUCCGGUCACGGUCCCUCAAGGGGGUCAGAGCGUGUCUCAGGCUCUAGAGUUCCAGCCCUCCCCGCUCACCUUCCCGGAGCCCGGAGUGACCAUGAACUUCCCUGUCGAGAUCGACUCGACCAUGCUGAGUGGUGGUAUGCAGCUCGCCGUGUUCAAGAUUGUCGACAACGUCCUCGUCCCGCACCCCUUCCCACCGACGCUUGUCAACGGUACCGUCAGCGUCAAGACCCUCAGCUUCUCGGUCUACACCGUCGUCCUCGUGCCGACAGAGCAGACUAACGUGCUAGGGUCGUCCACCACCACCAACGCCCCUUCCACCACCCCAGCCGUCUCCUUCCUUUCCAGCACGACUCCAGCUCCUGUCCCAGUCAAGGGAGGCGCAAAGUUCUGGACGCCAGCAGUCAUCCUGGCCAUCUCUGCUGGGGGCGGAGGCUUGCUGGCCAUCCUUGCCUUCCUCUUUGCCUACAGGAGCCUGCUCUCGAUGAAGUCCAAGGUGCUGGACCCUCUGCUGGAGGAGGAAACUCCUGAGCUGCAGGUCACCACCAAACUCGUCCAUCAGAACGGGGCAGACGCUGCGGUUGAGGAGGCGCGCAUGUCCGGGCGCGAGAUCGAGAACCUGUUCCUCAACUACGAGGAGGAGGAGCCGCAGAACGAGCAGGCUGACAUGCUGGCACGGGAGGACAUGGCUGGGCUAGAACGGCUGCCUCCCUCCAUCAGGAUGGAGCCGGAGGAGGUGGCGUCGUCCCUUGUGUGGAGCAAAAGCUCGUCAGGCAAGAUGGAGCCUGUGACGUCAGCAGAUCUCGUCACCCUCCAGUUCCACUCCAUCUACCCCAACCCGGACGCAGACGUCGAGUUGACUCUCGACCCCUCCCUCAGCGACAAGUUCGGCAUGGCCGAGCCCGCGGACUUCGCCGAGCUGGAGCCGGAGGUCACGAGCAGCAAGGUCCAGACGGCCAGUCGGGGAGGAGCGAGGGAGUUCAUGUUGCAUCCAGCGACGGUGGAGGAGGGAGAGGAGGGAGGAGAGGAGGAGGUGGAGCAGAACGUCAGGAGGAUCGAAGACGCGCUGCCUGACCUGAACGGAGAGGAUGAGCAGUUUGAUGAGCUAGAGCCCAGCAUGCAGUGA